AUGCGGACCCUCUUCGGCUUCCUCGGGAGGCGCACUCCCGACCCGCCGCGCCGCCAACAAAGCGGCAACACGAGUACCCCGGAGCAGCCACGCCGCCUUCGCAGCAGCCCGCGAGCGUCGUCGCUGAGCGUUGUCAUCACUGAGCCUCCGCCGCAGUGGGAACCGGCUCCUAGCAUCGGCCUCACCGCGUACGAGGCUCUUGCGAGGCUCGCUGGCCAGAUCAAAGAGAAAAAAGCUGGCUCAAUGAGCGCGCUGCAGACGACGGCAUCGGAAGCUUGCGACGAGGAGGAGGCGAACAGGCCUCCAAAAGGCUCGACUCUGUCGGACGACGACGACCGCGCUUCAUCUCCGGAGGACGCCGCCCGGUUCACUUGGACCGGCGAGCCGCGCUGGACCGGGCCUCGGGCCGAUCCUUUCCCGUCGGCGCGAGCGGAGGUGGCGCUGCUGCAGCGGCUUAUUCCGGGCGAGGUGCUGGUGCACGAGAACCCAAGCGCCGACAAGCUCUCCGGCCUCCUCCGCGACUGCACCCAGCUGCACGUCGCGUGCCACAUGCGGCGGGGCAGCGCCGUCUUUGUGGUGACACACGAGCCGAUCGUGUUGGCCGCCCCGGCCUCGCUCGAGCGCGCCGUCCUCAACUCGCUGCUGCACGCGCGCGUCGCGUGCCCCGUCUUCUGCUGGGCGAGCCGCGUGGAGGACGAGGCGGCGCGGCUGUUCGGCGAGGCGGCGUUCGAGUUCGGGCGCUUCGCCGUGACGGCUGACACCAAGCCGACGACGGCGAGGGACGGCAAGCCAGCCCGCUCCCAAAAGUUCACGCUGCGAGACCCUGACGCGGCCGCUACAGAGGCGAUCUGCGAGGUGGGAAUCCGGCUGGUGCCUGCCGGGGUGCCCGAGCUGUACGACGGCACCCGCUUCCCCUUCUGCCUCUCCUUCGAGCUCCCCGCCCUCGCCUCGCCCGACGAAGACUCCGACAGCCUCGCGCGCGCAAAGAUGCACCUGCGAGGCUACCUGCGGCGCACGUGCGGCCUCUCCUCCUUCCGCGACUCUGACCUCGAGAUCGACCGGCUGACGGCGGUGUGGCGCAUCGCCCUCUUCGAGCGGGACGGCUUUGAGAUCACGCGCGCCAACGGCGAGCCGGGCGAGAGCCUGGUCGAAGAGCUCCGCCAGCGGUACGGCGCGACGCACGCAGACUUUGAGCUGCGCGCGGUGCGGCGUGGCUCGGUCCUCCUCACCAUCGUCGGCGCCCCCGCGGCCUUCGACCUCGUUGCGAGGGACUCCGGCUUCGCACGCGCCGGGCUGGGCGGCACGGCGCUCAACGGGCCCGUGCGAUUCGUGAAUGAAAGUGAGCCAUUGACGAACAGGCUGGGCGGCAUGGCGCUCAAGGAGCCCGUGCGGCUGCUCGCACUGCACGCGCAGGUGUACGGCUCGCGGGUGGCGCACGCGGCGCUGCUGUGCCCGAGGCGCAAGGGCGAGGCUGAGGGCGCGCUGGAGGGGGAGGAGGAGGGGCCGACGGUCGUCGUGCCGCCUCUCCCUCCCGGGCUGUCGAGCCUCGGCUAUGCGCAGCAGAUGGAGCGAGUCAGCACGGCGUACGACGCCCUCGUCUGGCAGAGCACCGGCGAGGACCUCGGCGUGGGCUUCGGCGAGGACCCCGAGGAGGGACUCGAGGACAAUGCCUCUGACAGGCCGCCGUCGCCGCAGUCGCCAGCAGCGCUAGCAUCAGCGGCGCCGUCCGCCUUGCCGACGGCGUCGACCAUUCCCGUGGCAGCGCACCGCUUGCCCCCGCUCGACGCUGGGCAGGUGGAGUCGCGGGCGCAACACCUCGCGGCGGCCCGCCGGCGAGCGCGUUGGCAGGCGGCGCGGGCGGCCACCAGGGCCGUCACGGACGCCGCCGGGGUAUUCAACCGCCUGUCGCGCCGCUCGUCGGCCGAGUCGGCGGCGGGGCGCGCCUCUGGCCGCCGCUCGCAGGAAGAGCUUCCGCCGCGCCGGUCGUCGGGGGCGGGGGCGCAGCAAGGCUGGCGGUGGAGGUGGGAGUAGGGGAGGUGAACUGAAACUCAGAAUUCCGAGCACCAA